AUGCUCGCUGCAAGGACAGUCCUGCUGCUCGUGCUGCUCCUCACCUUCUCCCUGCACUGUGCUGCAGCCUACAACACGCCCACCGAAUGCUGCUUCAAGCAUGCACAGAAACCCAUCCGACACAUACAGAAUUUCUAUGAGACACCCAGCGACUGUUCCUUGCCUGCAGUUGUGAUUGUAGCUGCCAGCGGUGCCAAGGUCUGUGCUGACCCCAAGAAGCCCUGGGUAAAGAAAGCCAUGAAAAAGCUUCGAAGGAAAAAAUGA